GGUAGGAAGUAGUAUUCAAAUUGGUAUGUUUUUAUUCUUCUGUUGUUUGGGAGUGGAGGCUCAUUCGUCACAGCUAUCUUUGUUACGCCUUUGGUGGUCAUCCUGGGUUGGUGCAUGGACAAGGACAUGUCCCUGUACUUCACGCUAUUUGAGACCAUCUGUCUAUUUGUCACGGCAUUUGUUGUCAACUUCCUGGUUUUGGAUGGCCGAAGCAACUACCUGGAAGGCUCCUUGCUCAUUGCAGCCUAUGUAAUCAUAGGUGUUGCUGCAUUUUAUUAUCCUGGCAGUGGACAGUCCAGUGAUCUUGGCACUGCUGGAGGAUAAGUGGUUGGCAGGGGUUCAUUGAGACCAAUGUCACGGCGCCGGGUAUAUUAACACCCGACUGCACAGUGGUGGUGGAGUCGAGGAGGGGAUAAUGAGCUACGGGGUGUGGGUUCGGGGACCUGGAAGAAGACGGAUGAUUGAUGUUGCUGGUGGGAAAGGACGAUGGUUACAUUAAACGAGAUUGCCAAUAGUGCUACCUGGCUUAGUGUACACAAUUUCAGAAUGCGAACUACCACUUCUCGGACAUAAUGUUUUCAUGAAUUGCGGGAUUUUGUGCGGCGACAGUAGAACCCUAUGAUACCCUGUAAAUCCCGCUCCGAUGCACGAUAUCUAACACAUCGCCUGCCAAGCCAAAUCGAUUCCCUGGCGCAGGAUUUAGCUGUAGGCAACGAGGCACUGAGUCUCUCUUCUCACGCAGUCCAUACAGCAAGUACACUCUUGGCGCAGCGUUGUCAAGACAGGUCCGACUGCGAUGACUGCAUCAGGAAUGCCCAGCGACAGAUGUGGCUGAGCCUGUCAUUAUUACCGCGUACGGAGUACGAAGUACUACUACGACAGUGGACUGUACAGCCACUCGGUAAGACACACGUGGCUGCUUCAGUCAGGGGCUAUCGGAGGGGCGGGUCUUGGCGUAAUCAAUUGACGUUCCAGAUACAGCGGCUAGCUUGCUGUUUCGCCGUUGUUGCAUUUCGCUUAGGGGAUGGCCUCGCUUGGAGGCAAUUUUCCCUUCUUUUGCAGGAUGUUGUCAUCUACCAUUGGGAAGCGUGUUUAGUGUGGCUAUGCUCAUCCAGAGCGUUGACCUAGUUGAAUCUCCC